UAAACGUCAAAAAAGAAAGCGGUUUGAAAAUACUAUCCCAAACCAUUCCAAAAUUCAAGUAAUGUGAAUGUUUAUUUCGUUGAAUUAAAUCAUUUGGCACAUUUAAUUUAAAAUGACAGAUGCUGAAAGUUUUCCUCAACGCAAAUCAGAAGAAAGCGAAGAUGAUAAUACAAACUCUUCAACUUUAAAUGAUCUUUGUAAAAGCAAUUCUGAUUACUUCGUAAAUGAUAAUACUGAAAAUGGCCAGCGUUUGUAUACAAGUUUUCUUACAAUUGCUGAUAAUCUUAACUCGCUAGCUAUUACUAGAAAGAAAAUUGAAUCGGUUGUCCACAAUUUCGAUUAUGAUGAAAAUACACCUGCAAAUGGUUACAGAAGUUUCUUAAAAGUUGUUGACUAUGCCAUAGCUCACUCAUUGCAAGUCAUUAAAAAAGUUUCUUUAAAGCGUGACGGCGUCCUAUUUCGUAAAGCUGUGAUAACGAAAGAUGUUGAAGCAUGUGCUCAUUUGUUAGCUAGUUUAAAUAACUGCCUCAUUUUGUUAACAACAUUAUUAGAGUGGAGUUCUGAAACCGAAUUAUUUCCCAAAGAGAAACGAUCUCCUGAAGAAAUUAUUUUAAAAACUGAAACCAUUAAUAGGUAUUGCUUUUAUGGGAGAUGUUUAGGUUUUCAGUUUUGUGAAUCAAUUAAGCCUACUUUACAGAUGGUUGCAUUUGCAAUGGCUGUAUUCUCAGAGGCCUAUUUUAGUAGUGGAUCUUAUUUUACAAAGGCAACGAAUUCAGUAAUAUCGACAGCCACUUAUUUAACGGACCCAGAACAAAGGGCUAAAACUAUUGUAAAUGUUUCUCAAACAGCUAACAUAGACUUUUGCAAAUCUUUUUGGUUUCUCUCUGAGAGUGAACUAAUGCAUAAUUUGCCUUCUGUAAUUAGGGCACAUGCGUAUGUUGCAGUCACAAAAAUCCUUCUCAUUCCGCCAAAACCUCUCACACUCACUAUUAAUGGGCAAGAUAUAGAUAUUCCUAUUCCAGAAUCACAUAUUGGAAAAAAAACCAUACAGGUACGCCUAAUAUCAAGUAAUGUAAGAGAAGGAAUGGUUGGAGAAGCAAGUAAAAAAACAAAUUUACCACCCUCUAAAGGGCUGCUUUUUCAUUGCCACGGUGGCGGUUUUGUUGCCCAGUCAUCAAAAUCACAUGAAAUUUAUUUACGAUUAUGGGCCAGAGAUUUGAACGUUCCUAUCUUGAGCGUUGAUUAUAGUUUGGCACCACAAGCACCCUAUCCUAGAGCCAUAGAAGAAAUCACCUAUGCUUAUUGUUGGGCCCUAAAAAAUUGUCAUCUUCUUGGAAGUACAGGUGAAACAAUUAUCGCAGCCGGAGAUUCAGCUGGAGCUAAUCUUCUACUAGGAACCUGCCUAAAGUGUGCAACUAUGAAUGUUCCACCUCCUAAAGGCCUGUUUUUGGCGUAUGUUCCAACUCUCAUCAAUUUUGUACCUUCUCCGGCCCGACUUCUCUGUCUAAUGGACCCGUUACUUCCCUUUGGUUUUAUGAUGCGAUGCCUAAAAGCUUAUGCAGGUACAGAAAAAAGCAGUUCCAGUAACGAUUCUGACAUGAGUAGUUUUGAGGAGAUAACUCAUUCGGACCUGGCGGACCUUCAAGCUCACAAAUCACCAACUUCAGAAAUUUCUGAUACCUUGUCAAAUGAGUCCUUCGAAUCUCAGUCUUUGGAGGGUGGAAAUGAAUUUCAAAAUGUUGAAGGAUUAGAAGACAAUAAUAUCGACGAAAAUGUAUUAUAUGAAGCGGAAUCAAACGGUUCGAGAAGUAAAAUUAACCAGUACCAAGAUUCAAUUUCGAAUAGUUAUUCGUUUAUUCAACGUUCUCUCACAGGAUUUGUGAGCAAUUUAAAAGAACACGUGGGCAGUUGGAUUCCUGGUACGGUUCAAAAUAUUCCUGAAGAUGUUAUACAUGCGGACAAAGAGAAAAGUAUCGUCGAUGAAUUAAAAUUCGAAGUACCUGAAGAUCCUUUUUUAAGUCCCUAUCUGGCAUCUGAUGAAAUGCUUAUUACAUUGCCACCCCUCAAACUACUGGUAUGUAAUCAUUUGGAUUAAUAUGUACCGCUUUUUGAUUACUCUAUAGUUAUGACUUUUGUUGAAAUUUGUUAAUUUUGUUUAUAAAAGAAAUUAGUACUGUCAGCAUAAGGCAAAGUAGUAUUACGUAAAUGAAAGUCUAUAUCAAUCAUUUCUUAUGCUAGUGUUCGAUGUGUUGCAUACCUAUUUACAAACAAUUUCUUUAAAUUUUAAUCAUUGAUUACUAUACAUCUAUUAAAAAAACAUAAUGGCCGAAAUCAGUGACAAUGCAACAACAAUUGAAAAAGAAUGAUGGCCGACAACAGCAACAAUUAA